UGAAGCCCGACACCUCCAGAACGUAAAAAAAAACGCGCCUUUCGCGUUGAUCGGAACAUUACAUUUUGGUGGCGUGCUCUAAAAAUCUAAUUCGUAUUUUUACUUUUUGGCGUUCAGUUCCUUCGUUCCAGCCUAACAAAAAAGCAUGGCUUACAACGAUUUCCGUAUGCCCGAGCCACGCAUCUACUCGCACCUAGAUCUGUAUCCCGGCCAGUGGGACUCUCGAUGCAGUCCCCAGUUUCCGCUGGCUAACUUCUGGCCCGUCUAUGUGGGCAACUUUUGGUGCGAUGUGUACUUGGAGCACGCCACCAAGGUGCAGGAGUACUUCGCCUCCAAGGGGCUCUUAGUGCGGAUGGUUUUCGGUCGCAGCGCGACGGACGAUCCGCACUUCGACUAUCAGCGCAUAUUCCACCUGUACGACUUUUUGGUGUACUUUGUACGUCCGCAAGACGCUGAUGAUGCGAUUUCCUACUGCCACCGGGAGAUGUACUACGGUCACCGGUUGAACGUUUUUCCGGGUCGUACACCUAUAAAAUUCAACCUAACGAACAGCGUCAAACACACACUUCUGCAAGAGGAAAAAUUGGGGCUAACGGAGCAGGUUUUCGAACAGCACAUCUAUCGUAUAUCCACUGCCCGGAUGGAUUGCGUCGUGAUGCAUUCGAAGCAGGAUAUCCUGGUGCAGUACGUUUCCGUCGAAGAUCGUAACAAUGCCAUCCGCAAAUGCAAGCUGUGUUCACCCGACAAGAUCUCCGCUGGUCAAGCAAGGCAACGUUUCCUGGAGAAGGAUAUCAUGCUGGAGCUUUGCCAACGCAUUCGAAUGGAUCCUUUUUUCUUAAGCAUGCUUCCACCGGGGAACAUUCUGAAUGCUUUGUUCAACGGCUCCAUUCCGGUCAUUGCCACCAGCUGGAAAACACUCAACAUGCUGCAAAUGCCAAAUAUGCAUCUCAGAGCCCGCAAGGGUAGUCAGGUGUAUCAAAAAAUCCAGCAAACCAACAAAAAGGCCCUGCGACUAUUCGGGGUGAAAUGUGAUUUCGGGGCAAAAAAAGGUCAGUUCCAAAGAAAAAUUAAAAGACUGCAGCAGCGAUACCUCAAAAAUCCUGAUGCGGUCAGAAAUGCCUGAAAUUGAUCAGCUGCUGAGUCUGCUAAGGGUUUUAGGAUGGACUUUUGGUAUUUAACUUUUAUUUUAUCUAUUACAUGCAGCUCCAAUUGAAUUGGUAUUAGAGCUUAUUUUUUUUUAUCUCCAGCGCAGCGAGCUGAAGUUGUUGACAUUAUUCUUAUGUUAUCUUGAGUUGAAUUCGAAAAAAAAAAUACAGAUUUGAAUUUGCGAUAGCCAUCUUCGGUCUUUCAUUUGCGCAGGAGACAUCCGACAUAUCGUUAAAAAUGGUAAAAUCCGCCACUUGCAGAUCGAACAGCACGUUGUACAAAUACGGAACCUGCGAUUCUUGGAACAGGACGUUGAGCUAGAAAUUGCA